AUGUUGCCAACUUCGUUCUUCUUGCUCAUCAGUCCAGUUCAGUCGCUUACCUAUCUGUCUAGUCUUGCUCCUCUGCUGCUAGUCUGUAAGAUGAAUGUCUCCGAAAAUGCACAGAAGUUGCACUCCAAAAUGUUGGAGUACGCUCCGUCGCACCUCUUCGACCAGGAACAGCUUCAAGAGAUGGUGAAUAUCACUAGCCCAGUGGAGUUCAUGACCUUAGCGCAAGAACUUGUGAAUAGUAACUUGGUGAAGCUUAUGAAGCAGGGCGACAUAUUGAAAUUCCAGGCCAAGGCAGUCGCUGAGGCCAACAAAAUCUCCGCCAUGUCUAACGACGAGGUGAUGGUCUACUCAUACAUAGAAGCCUCAGGCAGAGAAGGGAUAUGGACCAAGACCAUCAGAGCGAAGACUAAUUUGCAUCAGCAUGUGGUUCUCAAGUGCUUGAAGUCUCUUGAAAGCCAAAGGUUCAUCAAAUCUAUCAAGUCCGUCAAGAAUCCAACCAGAAAGAUAUAUAUGUUGUACAACUUGCAGCCCUCCAUAGAAGUCACUGGUGGACCGUGGUUCACUGAUAACGAGUUGGAUACCGAGUUCAUCGACUCGUUGUUGACAGUUAUUUGGAGAUACAUUGCCUCCAAGACGUUCCCAUAUGCAUUCCAGCCGCCCUCUUCCAACGUCAAUGUCGUACAGUCAUCUUACCCUGCCAACCACACUGGAUACGUCAACUUGGAUGCUGCCAUGGAGUUCAUCACCUCGAAUAAGAUCACUAAUAUAGAGUUGGGGAUUGGGGAUAUCAGAUCUUUGUGUGAAGUGCUAGUAUAUGACGAUAAGCUAGAGCUAAUCAACGGAACCAUGGAUACGUACAAGGCAACAUGGCAAUCUGUGUUGGAAGCAGGCUACGGUAGGUCCUACUUGGAGGAAGGCUCCAAGUAUGCAGAUAUGAAGUCUGUCUUUGAAAACCCGUCGUUCUCCAUAUUUGAGAACAACUCGGUGGUUGUUCAGGAAGAGGAUGAGGGUGCCGAGGACAUGGUGUACUUGGACUCAUGGAUACACCAGUGA